AUGACCGACAAGCUUCCAUCUCCGAACGACUUGGACGCCAUGUCCACACUGGAGCCCGAGAUUGCCGAACGACUCAAGGGCAUGGCCGCUCUAUUCCCAGCUGUACAAGCAACUGGAUUCGUGGACAUCAUCAAAGAGCUGCGCCAACGCUUCGAGAAUAUACCAAUUGCGCCAAAACGUGAGGACGUAGAGGAGGCUACAUCAACGUUCCAGGCUCCUGAUGGAACGAGCUUACGUCUGGUCGUGUACAAGCCUGCGAAUGCGACCGGUCUUCUACCACUCGUGGUUUGGUACCAUGGCGGCGGACAUUGCGUUGGGAUGCCAGAGCAAAACGCCGCUAUGAACCGUGAGAUUGCUCUACAGGAGCAAUGCGUUGUCGUGGCCCCUCAAUACCGCCUGGCGCCUGAACAUAAGUAUCCGGUUGGGUUCAACGAUACUUGGGACGCUUUGAAGUACAUUGCUGAAAACGCCCAAUCCUUGGGUGCGGAUCCCAAACUUGGCUUCGCCAUAGGCGGCGAGAGUGCUGGAGGCGUGAUCGCUUCCAUUCUGGAAUUGCGAGCCCGCAACGAGAGGCUCGAGCCUCCACUCACAGGGGCUUUACUCAGUGCCGGAUCUUACUUCAAUCCGAACGCCAUCCCUUCGGAGUACAAGGACCGCUAUCGUUCACGGCACGACGAGACUUGCAAAAAGUCGCCGAUGCUCAGCGAGACAAGCGCCAAAGCGUUCUACGAAUGCCAUGCUGCUGACUGGACUUCAGCAGAUUACCGAGCUGCUUUGGACCCCUUGGACCAUGCAGGUCUUCCGAGAACUUAUAUCCAAGCGUGUGGCGCCGAUAUCAACCGCGAUGAUGGACUCUUGUACAAUGAUCUGCUUCAACGACAUGGUAUUGAGACCAAGCUGAGCGUAUAUGAGGGCGGUCCACAUUGCUUUUGGUUCCUCUUCCCGGAUACCUCGCUGGGGAAGAAAUGGACACAAGAUACUCACGAGGGGUUGAAGUGGCUACUGAGACAGAAGUAG